AAAGGCGCAGAGAUAGGACCAGUGCUCGGCGCCCGCUUGGCUGGCUGACUGCGCUCUUGCAAGCACCGGUGCCAGCUCUCCAAGAUGAAGAAGCUCCAGGAAGCUCACCUCCGCAAGCCUGUCACCCCAGACCUGCUGAUGACUCCCAGUGACCAGGGUGAUGUGGACCUGGAUGUAGACUUUGCAGCAGACAGAGGCAACUGGACGGGCAAGCUGGACUUCUUGCUGUCCUGCAUCGGCUACUGUGUGGGCUUGGGAAAUGUCUGGCGGUUUCCCUAUCGAGCCUACACCAAUGGAGGCGGAGCCUUCCUCGUGCCCUACUUCCUCAUGCUGGCCAUCUGUGGCAUCCCCCUCUUCUUUCUUGAGCUCUCCCUGGGCCAGUUCUCCAGCCUGGGACCCCUGGCUGUCUGGAAAAUCAGCCCCCUCUUCAAAGGUGCGGGUGCAGCCAUGCUGCUCAUCGUGGGCCUGGUGGCCAUCUACUACAACAUGAUCAUCGCCUACGUCCUCUUCUACCUCUUCGCCUCCCUCACCAGCAACCUGCCCUGGGAGCAUUGCGGCAACUGGUGGAACACAGAACGCUGCCUGGAGCACAGAGGCCCCAAGGAUGGCAACGGGGCACUGCCUCUUAACCUCAGCAGCACUGUCAGCCCCAGUGAGGAGUACUGGAGCCGAUAUGUCCUGCACAUUCAGGGCAGCCAGGGCAUCGGCCGACCCGGGGAGAUUCGCUGGAACCUCUGCCUCUGCCUGCUGCUGGCCUGGGUCAUCGUGUUUCUCUGUAUCCUGAAGGGGGUGAAGUCCUCGGGCAAGGUGGUGUAUUUCACAGCCACCUUUCCCUACCUCAUCCUGCUCAUGCUCCUGGUUCGAGGAGUGACCCUUCCCGGGGCCUGGAAGGGCAUCCAGUUCUAUCUCACCCCCCAAUUCCACCACCUGCUGUCUUCCAAGGUGUGGAUUGAAGCUGCUCUUCAGAUCUUCUACUCUCUAGGAGUGGGUUUUGGGGGUCUUCUCACCUUUGCCUCCUACAACACAUUCCACCAGAACAUCUACAGAGACACCUUCAUUGUCACUCUGGGCAAUGCCAUCACCAGCAUCCUGGCUGGUUUUGCUAUCUUCUCGGUGCUGGGCUACAUGUCGCAGGAGCUGGGUGUGCCUGUGGACCAAGUGGCCAAAGCAGGCCCUGGCCUGGCCUUUGUUGUCUACCCACAGGCCAUGACUAUGUUGCCUCUGUCACCCUUCUGGUCCUUCCUCUUCUUCUUCAUGCUUCUGACUCUUGGCCUCGAUAGCCAGUUUGCCUUUCUGGAAACCAUAGUGACUGCAGUGACCGAUGAGUUCCCAUACUACCUACGGCCCAAGAAGGCAGUGUUCUCAGGCCUCAUCUGUGUAGCCAUGUACCUGAUGGGACUGAUCCUCACCACCGAUGGGGGGAUGUACUGGCUGGUCCUUCUGGAUGACUACAGCGCCAGCUUCGGACUCAUGGUGGUGGUGAUUACCACAUGCCUCGCUGUCACCCGGGUAUACGGCAUCCAGCGGUUUUGUCGUGACAUCCACAUGAUGCUGGGCUUCAAGCCAGGACUCUACUUCAGGGCCUGCUGGCUGUUUUUGUCUCCGGCCACACUCUUGGCCUUGCUGGUGUACAGUAUCGUCAAGUACCAGCCCUCGGAAUACGGUAGCUAUCGCUUCCCCGCCUGGGCCGAGCUGCUAGGCAUCCUGAUGGGCCUGCUCUCCUGCCUCAUGAUCCCAGCUGGCAUGCUGGUAGCUGUGCUUCGAGAGGAGGGCUCGCUCUGGGAGCGACUUCAGCAAGCCAGCCGUCCUGCUAUAGACUGGGGCCCAUCACUGGAAGAGAACCGGACGGGCAUGUAUGUGGCCACCCUGGCUGGGAGCCAGUCACCAAAACCACUGAUGGUACACAUGCGAAAAUAUGGGGGCAUCACCAGCUUCGAGAAUACAGCCAUUGAGGUGGACCGUGAGAUCGCAGAGGAGGAAGAGGAGUCCAUGAUGUGAGACCAGACACCUCCAAACAGGAGGGCUGGUCGGGGCCUCCCCGUCUGUCCCUUCCUUGGCCCACAGGGGAUAGCUUUGUCUGUUGGGAUUCUGACAGGCAAUGGGAGGUUGCCAUGGCAACGACAGUCCCCAGCCUAAGUCCCUCUUUGUGGCCUCUACAUCUCCUGGAACCUCUAGAUGGACAUACAUAUACUAGGUAACCCAUUCAAAGCUGAAACGAUUCAGCUCAGCCCUCAGUUUGUGAGGGGGUGCGUUGAAGCCAGGGAGAGAAGAGCUGGACCAAGGUGACAUGCCCAAGAGGACUUGUUCCCAAGCCUCCUCCAGCCAGUCAACUCCCUUUCCCUUGGGGGAGCAAGCACCAUAUCUGACAUCUUUGUUCAGACACUUUGACAAGAUACAUUUCCAUACAAGCCAACUUUAAACCCCAGGUUCAGGGUAGCGAGAACCUGGAGAGCCCCAAGGCCCUGGAUAUAGAUAGAAUGGCAGCGACCAAAUUGGGUAGAAAAGUCUUUGUGGGUUCCUGUGUUAAGGCCAGUUUUCCCAGAAGAAGUGGGAGCUUUAGGGCUGAGAGGUGUGAAAGAUUGCAGAAGAGGCUAGAGGGAAGGUUUGCGGGUCAGAGCUGCCCCUGAGCCAGGAGGAGGCCCAACCUGCCAGAGCAGAGACCAGGAGGGGCUGGAGAUUGUGGUGCUCCCGGGUUAUGAGAGGGAAUAAAGACUCGCAGGG